GUGUUUUGGAUUCCAUAUUGCGAGUUAGCACCCGAGCCAGCCGGGCCGGAAUGCUGACAACGACUUUGUCGCCAGGUGGCAACGAAAACACCAAAAACGGGGGCAACGUGAAUAACAUGAAUUGCUGACGGCAUCAACGGAGCGGAUGGCAACACCGAGGAUGGCGACACGAUCGAUAAGUGCAAUUAAUCAGUUUGAAGUUGUAAUUAUAGCAUUGCUCGAAAUAAAGUUCAGUUGUUCUUAGGCUAGCAAGUAGUGUAGUAGUAUUUUUUUAAAAAGGGAAACUCCCUGCAGAAUUCUUAACUGGAGGCUCCGGCGAGAUCCUCCUGUGCGGGAAUUGUAUAAAGUGAAGUGAACGGCAAAAAUCUUAGUGAAAAAAAGUGUAGCAAAAAUCUUGAAACUUAGUUGCUUAUCAUUGGUUCAAAGAGCCAAGUUACAUUUAGUGCAUCACUGGUUCAAAGAGCCAGGCCGUAAACGUAUCACUGAAGCGAAUCGCAGGACACUGAGGAGCACCACCCGAUCGGCGUGCACGGCCCGAAGUAGCAGCAGCAAAAGCAGCAAAACGGAUACCCAACCACGCCUGCCUGCGAAUCCCCCGUCAGAGAGGACAGCCAACCAGGACCAGCGAUUAGAUGUUGGCCUACAUACUUUUGCCCUUACUCCUCAAUGGACCACACCCACUGUCUGCAAAACAAGAUGUAAAGAUUGACCUACAAGACCUAGGACGACAGCCUUUACUGGUAUUCCACCACAACGAAGCACGAAUCAGACUCGACUACAGAUACUACAUUCACCAUUUCAACCUUACGUCAAUAAAAUCCCAAGUUAGAAACCUCAAAAACCAAUUCGAAAAUUUCAGCAAAAAUCAGUUUACAGAUCUAAUCAUAGAAAAAUUUAACGAAAUAGAUUUUGCAUUUAAAAGUAUUGACCCUCUUAAACGACAUAAACGAUGGGAUAGAUUAGGAAGUGCUUGGAAAUUUUUAGCUGGAAAUCCAGAUGCUAAUGAUUUAAGAAUAAUCAACUCUUCCAUUAAUAAUUUGAUUAUUAACAACAACGAACAGAUUAAGAUCAAUAGAGAAAUCAAUUUACAAUUGAAAGAGGCAAUUUUCAAAACUCAAAAAGCUAUCAAUUUGUUCAACAUAGGAUCUGUAGAAAUGUAUUGUACAAAAAUAUUGUUUCAUCUCAACUACCUUACCGAGAAGCUUAAUCAAAUUAUCGAAACAAUCACUUUGGCAAAAUUAGGAAUUGUAAACGAAAAAGUUCUCAGUCAACAAGAAAUUGAGAUUUUAAUUUCAGAUCUAGAUAAAGAAAAUGUAACAGUUCAUACAGGUAUUGAAGCCAUAUCUUAUGCUUCGACAGCAAUUCUAUCGAACAGGUUAGAAAUCGCACUUAUCAUCAAAAUGCCCAAACUGGACCCGAGGAUCUUCGACAAGGUGCACAUUUAUCCAAUUGUGCAAGACCAGAAGCAAAUUCAUGUGCCCACUCCAUUCUACCUUAUCCACGAAAGCGAAAUCUACCAGGUAAACUCCAUCGAACCCACUAUAUUCGACAAUAGCGAAAUACAACUAGAUAAUUCGACAUGCUUACCACGAUUAUUAAGAGGGAAUCCAGCAGUUUGCAAUUUUACUGUGAACCAUGCCAGAGGACAGAUAAGCUAUCUGGAUGAUCAACAUUUGCUCAUCAACUCACUAACAAAUUUCACACUAAUCUCAAAUUGUGGAAUAACCGAUAGAAAUUUAUCUGGAUCAUUUGUCAUCUACUUCAAUAACUGUCAAUUGACCAUUAACAACAUUACAUAUCAUAAACGGACCCAAAACCUGCCGGGAAAUCCUAUCAAGCUUCCAUUGGACGGCAUCGAAGUUAAGAAGCACAGAGAAGUUCUUAACAUCAGUCUAGAACAUCUUCAUCAAUUACACCUAGACACCAGGAAAGAAUUAGAAGUCAUCCGUCUAUCGGCCAGUAGUAUCACUUGGCCACAUUGGACACUCAUCGGAGGGAUUUCAUUCUCUCCUCUCAUAAUUGGUACAAUUAUUCUAAGUUGUUUCAGGGGAAGAACCAUAAGAGUAAAAAUCAACGAACGUCGGAAAGCAAACAACAAUACCACGACUGGUAAUCAACACCAUGCCACCAAGAUCUCCCCAAUAGACCUGGAAAACUCUAAUGGUACGGUAACAUAUAAUCAACAUAACAUCUUUCGGAAACCUUCACCAGCGGAUAUGAUUCGGAUGGAACCUCAUCUCUAAGGAGGGACGAGUUAGCACCCGAGCCAGCCGGGCCGGAAUGCUGACAACGACUUUGUCGCCAGGUGGCAACGAAAACACCAAAAACGGGGGCAACGUGAAUAACAUGAAUUGCUGACGGCAUCAACGGAGCGGAUGGCAACACCGAGGAUGGCGACACGAUCGAUAAGUGCAAUUAAUCAGUUUGAAGUUGUAAUUAUAGCAUUGCUCGAAAUAAAGUUCAGUUGUUCUUAGGCUAGCAA